AGCAUUUGAUUCAUUAAACAAAGAAUGACUACUAGUACAAAAAUUGAUUAUACUUCUGGUCAAUUCAUGACUGAACAUUUUAAAGCACUUGUAAACUUUUUGAACAAUCAAACAAAACAACAUGCAGAUAAAGUGUUUGCUCGUUAUCUUUCAAAAGACAAGUCCUACAAAACCUUGACAUAUGCUCAGGUCGACCAUCUGGCUACCAAUUUGGCUUGCAAAUGGGAGAAAUUUGCAAGAACUACUGAGGUGAUUGCUUAUGUCAGCGAACAUACCAUAAGUUACUUGAUCGUUAUGAUGGCCUUAUUAAAACUGCGCCGAACCAUGAUGGCUAUUUCUCCUCGUAAUUCUGAAGCUGCUAUUGUCAACCUGUUAGAAAAAACCCAAUCCAAAUUCAUUAUUGCUGAUAGCAAGUAUGGUGAUAUUACACAGAAGGCUAUUGAUCAAAUUGGUGGAAUUGAACUCGUUGUUAUCCAGCCUCUUGAUAUUGAAGAUCUUCUUGAUGAACCUCUCAAUCCAGAUCAUGAACAUCUUCUUUCUAUUGAAUUUUCUGAUGAUGAUAUCAACAAGGAUGCUUUGAUUAUUCAUAGUUCUGGCACAACUUCAUUUCCCAAGCCAAUUUAUCUCAGUAAUCGCUACUUGAUACAUUUGCUGAUCUCAAUCUUUGAAUUUCUUGGUCCUAUUCCCUUGUCUCAUAAGGAUGUUAUGCUUUCUUGUGGGCCUUUAUUCCAUAUCUUUGGUGUCUUUGCUCAUUUUAGUAUAAGUAUCUUUGGUGGUAGCGUAGUAUUCAUGGAAAAGCUUCCUGCUUCUCAAUCAGAUAUCAACUUUGCCUUAAAAAGCAACAAUGUAACUAUCAUGUGUGCACCUCCUCUUAUUUUUGAACAAAUGAUUCCUUUCUUGAAAGAAUCAAACGAUUUCAGUGCAAUCCGACGUCUCAAAUUGGUCUUGUAUGGUGGUGCUGCUCUUAAACAAGAAUCUGGGGAAUGGCUCCGUAAAAAGGGUAUGAACAUAUGUAGUGGAUAUGGUACAACCGAAACAGGCUGUAGCAUGGUAUCCGAUGCUUCAUCUCAAGGCAAUACAUGGAGCUCUCUUAGGAUUUAUCAGAAAAACGCACAGGGUGAUUAUUGUGGUGUUUUUGAAACAUGUGAUCCUUCAGAACCUGAUGUGAAGCAUCUCUAUUUCCGUUGUGAUAGUCCCAACUUGGCUAGUAACGUAGGCAAUCGCCCAGAUGGUGGCUACAGCACAAAUGAUCUAUUCAAGGAAAACCCUGAAGCUCCUGGUUACUACAUCUAUCUAGGCCGUCGCGAUGAUACUCUCAUUAUGGAGAAUGGUGAAAAGACUAACCCUGUUCCUAUGGAAGCUGCAAUCCGCCAAAGUCCUUUUGUGUAUCAAGCUGCUGUCCUUGGUCAAGGUCGGCAAUGUACUGCUGCUCUGGUUGAAAUCAAUACUGAAUAUGCUUUGAACUUUAGUCCUGAUGCAAUCAUUGCUGGUAUUCACGAGGUUGUCAAGCAGGCCAAUGUUGAAUGUCCUAGUCACAGCAAAGUUCUUCCCCAAAUGAUCAAGAUUUUACCUUUUAACAAGUCAUUGCCAUCUACUGAUAAAGGCACUGUCAAGCGCAAACUUGCUGAACAGAUCUAUAAGGACGAGGUUGAAAAACUUUAUAAGGAUUUCUUGGAAGGUCCUUCUCCCAAUACAGACAAAUCUAAUGUUGAUACAUCUACAUGGACACCCGAGCAAACAGAAGACUUCUUGAUCACUAGUGCUGCCAAAGUGCUUGGUAUGGAAAAAACUCAAUUCAGUGACCCUACGCAAUCUCUUUUUGAUCUUGGUCUCAACUCUCUUACCUCAAUUCAACUUCGUAACGAAAUUGCUCAGUAUUUUGAGAAUGUACCUCAGAACUUUUUGUUUCAGCAUCCCAGUGUCAUUUCUAUGCGCGAAGCUCUUUUAGGUGAUGAAACAGAAGACAUUUCUGAGCAGUCUGAAAGACGUUAUCAACAAACACAAGAUUUAGCAAUGGCUUAUACAAAGAAAGCCAAACACGAUUUCCCUAUUGCUCGCAAUGAAUACGAUGAAAAGAAGGAGAAAGUCGUUCUUUUGACUGGUGUUACAGGCUCGCUUGGUGCUUUUAUGCUGCAUGAUUUACUAAAGGACUCAAGUGUCAAGAAAGUGUAUUGUUGUGUUCGUGGCAAGCAGGAACAGUUAGAACAACGUCUUUUGGAUGCUUUUAGAUCUCGUUUACUUGAUACUUCACUUUUGAAUACAGAUCGCGUUGAAGUUUUGCCUAUGAAAUUCAAUGAGCCUUUUCUCGGUUUUGGACAAGAGCUUUACAACCAACUUAGAAAUGAGGUCACUAUCGUCCAACAUUGUGCUUGGUUACUCGACUUUAACAUGCCUGUUGACCAUUAUGACAAGGAAUGCAUUGCUCCCUUUUACAAUCUCUUGAAGUUUGCCUAUCAUGAAAUCAAUCCUAUGCAUGUUCAUUUUAUCUCAAGUGUCUCUGCAAGUGCUGCUGUUGGGGAUCAAGUCAACGAAGAACCAUUGCCUUUGGAUGCUCAUGUCUGUAUGCCAAUGGGUUAUGCUCAUUCUAAGUUUGUUGUGGAAAAGCUCUUUGAUUAUUUGACUACUGAAAAGAACUUCCCUUGUUACGUUGAGCGUCUAGGCCAAGUUUGUGGUGACUCUAAGCAUGGUGUAUGGAACACGUCUGAACAAUACCCUCUAAUGUUUAUUGGAGGUGGUGCUAUGAUGAAGAAGAUGCCCAAGUUGGAAACUGAUAUUGACUGGAUUAGUGUUGACUAUGCUGCCACUACUAUCACUGAUAUCAUGCUUCGCACCGCAUAUGCUCCUGCUCAAAAAAACCAGCACAUUUAUCAUAUCGUUAACCCUCGUCUUAUUACUUGGUCUCAUGUUCUUGAUGCUAUGAAGGCUUCUGGAAUGCAGUUUGACAUUGUUGAGCCUAAAGAAUGGAUCGAACUACUUGCUAAAGAUCAAUCCAACCCUUGCUACCGCCUCAUGUCUUUUUAUGAAGCUAGCUUUAAGAAUCCUUUUAAGAUGCCUGUAUGGAAGACUGAAAAGACAAGUUCUUUGGCUCCUGUCAUCAAUGACUCUCCUGUUCUCGAUGCAAGCUUGUUUACCAAAUUCUUAUCUCACUGGCAAUCUGUUGGCUUUUAUAGACCUUCUUAAAUUCCAAUAGACUAUAGGCAUACCAUUUAUUAUUGUGGAAUUCAAUAAAGAAAU